GGGUGCGCGCACUGUCAAAAGACGCGUACGCGCAGCAUCCUGCCUCAAAGCUCCCCCUGCAAAGAGGUCGCCGAGCUUCUCAGUCAGAAUCCAGCUGUCACUCAUCAAGACCCUCAUCCAGCCGGUGUCAGGCUGUCUGCGGCCCGCUCGCGAUAAAUACGAGACAAAGCACACAGCGCUGGAUGUAGGUGGACCUCCGGUGAUCAACAGAUCGGCAACUGUGCUGCUCACUCCUCCUGCGAAGAAGAGAAGGAUGAGGGACGCGAAAGACAAUACCGGAGACAACUGGCACAUGUGAGCGGUAUUUAUCACCACAUUCCCGGGCCAGUCUCAGAGAUAUGAGCCAAUUAGCUCUCAAGGUUUGGUCUUAAUCAGCCGAUUCAACUGUUCUUGGCAGCGGAGAAGGUUCAGUCCGUGCCAAAAUGACCAGACUAUUGUCUAGCGUCGCUGUAACGGAAUGGGCCCGCAGGAAUUUUGGCACCGGUUUUACGCAGCAGACCACAUAGUUUGAUCGACGUUCCUCGGCCGAAGACAGAGUAGCGUGGCGGGCAUGGACAAAGAAUGCGCCCCCGUAUCGUAGUGAUGCUAUGAGAUAAAAAACAAAUCAAAGACGAGCCUCCGUGAAACAGCCUGCUGGUUCCUGCUGAGAAGUGGAGCAGAUCAUCAACGGUGGGAUUCAAGUUUGGACCUCACCAAGUCCAAAACGACCUUCCCCCUCCCAAAAAGGAUCAUCUUACAUCUUUAAGCAUCUCCACAGACUCGCAUAGCGAGUCUGUGAACAGGUGAGAGAGGGACACUGUCUGCCCCACUGUCCAGCGACACCAUGAGCUGGAGCUUCCUCACGCGGCUGCUGGAGGAGAUCCACAACCACUCCACCUUCGUGGGGAAGCUGUGGCUCACCGUGCUCAUCGUCUUCCGCAUCGUUCUCACUGCCGUUGGGGGAGAGUCCAUCUACUAUGACGAGCAGAGCAAGUUUGUGUGCAACUCGGGCCAGCCGGGCUGCGAGAAUGUCUGCUAUGACGCCUUUGCCCCUCUAUCUCACGUCCGCUUCUGGGUCUUUCAGAUUAUUUUGGUGGCAAUGCCUUCUCUCAUGUACAUGGGCUAUGCUGUCAACAAGAUCGCACGAUUAGAUGAAGCCAAAGGAGGAGGUGGUUCUGCUGCAGUUAGAUCGACAGGAGGGGGUUACACACACAGGAAGCCCAGGAAAAUUUGCUUCGGAGCACGGCAGCAUCGGGGCAUCGAGGAAACCGAGGAGGACCAGGAGGAUGAUCCCAUGAUCUAUGAGGUGCCAGAGAUUGAGCCCCCCAAAAGGCCUCGGGAUCCACUGCAGCCCACACCCAGACCCAAAGUCCGGCACGAUGGGCGCAAGCGUAUCCGAGAUGAGGGGCUCAUGCGGGUCUACGUUUUGCAGCUGGUGACUCGCACAGUGCUGGAAGCAGGGUUCCUUGCAGGCCAGUAUUUGCUGUACGGGUUUCGCGUGACGCCUGUUUUUGUGUGCUCGGGGAAACCUUGUCCCCACAGUGUAGACUGCUUUGUGUCACGGCCUACAGAGAAGACCAUCUUCCUCCGCAUCAUGUACGGCGUGACUGUCCUUUGCCUCACGCUCAACAUUUGGGAGAUGCUUCAUUUGGGGAUUGGCUCCAUCUGUGACAUUCUUCGACGUCGGCGCUGCCCACCUCAGGAGGAUGAGUACCAGUUAGGCUUGCUGGGCACUAAUGGGGUUGUGGAGGGGUCAGUAGCGGGAACGGGGCCUGAGGCAGGGUCUGAGGGAGGGGUGGGUGGAGACGGGGCUGCUGAUUAUGUAGGUUACCCCUUUUCAUGGAACACCCCAUCAGCUCCGCCUGGCUACAACAUUGUGGUAAAGCCAGAGCAGAUGCCCUACACGGACCUUAGCAACGCUAAGAUGGCGUGCAAGCAGAACCGGGCAAACAUUGCCCAAGAGGAGCAGCAGCAAUUUGGUAGCAACGAAGAUAACUUUCCCACUGGAGGCGAGGCCCGCGUGGCUUUGAACAAAGACAUGAUCCAGCAAGCUCAUGAGCAGCUGGAGGCGGCCAUCCAGGCCUACAGUCAGCAGCACCGGGCAGAGGUGCAGCUUGGGGACAACCAGGACGACAAGCCCCAAAGCAACAUCAUCCAGGCCCAACCGCAGCCACAGCCUCAGCCUCAGCCUCAGAAAGAGCGCAAGCAUAGAUUCAAGCACGGGAAAGGAGGCAGCAGUGGAGGAGGCAGCAGCAGCAACAGCAGCAGCAGCAAAUCAGGAGAGGGAAAGCCCUCAGUAUGGAUUUAACCCCUGAAACAGUGACAGGUAUUGAAGCCAUGUAUAUAUUAGAGAUUGGAUGACAAGCUGUUGCAAACUUCCUUGGAUAUUUAAACACCGCUGUGCCUUAAAGAAUCCUGCAAGCUGGAGAAGAUGUGUGUUUGUGUGCUAAGGUGUGUAACAAAAACGUGAUGUUGCAGCUGACAGUUUGUUUUGUCUGGGCUAUCACUGUCUAACUUGAAACAUCACACCACAACACAAACCGUAAUAGGCCACAGUCUGUCGUUUACAUGUCUCGUUCUCCUCGAGUCCUAAAGCAGAUUAUUGACCUCUGAUGUCUUCCCGAUCAGGGAUUUGAACUUUGGAAUAUUACUGAAUGAUAAUUAGUUCUGUCGCGAAUCAGCUUGAUCCCCGAUUUGGCUUAGCUCAUUUUCCGGCCGCGCCUCGGCAAAGACGCCGUCUCCAUUAAUACAUCCUAAUUCUUGGGACAUUGUUCAAAAUGAAGUAUCAUCACAAUGCAAAGGCAAAGGGAUGCCAUGUCAUCACUAUGCCGUGGCAAGCUAAAGCUAUGACUUCGUACUGUAAUGACGUUACAGAGGAACGUCGUAACAAUGUAGAUGCAAUAAAAUGAAGCAUAAUUCAGUGGCAACACCUAAAACAGUGACUUCGUAACGCAACACCGUCCUGAAGGCUGCGUCCUGUCGGUCAAUUUCUCUCUGCUUUUUCUCCGGUGUCGAUCGCAGUUUCGAGUAGCUGUGACUUUGGUGUGUUUGUACGUGUUUCCUGUGUUUUUUAAUGUGUGCUACACCAGCUGCUGAUCAGAAACCAGUGAGAACAGCAGGUGGCUUUUUGAUCCAGUCUACAUAUGAACUUUCCUGAGAGAAAACAAAAUGUUCUUUUUAAAAAGGUGCAUAAACAAUCCAGUUCUUACUCUUCAGCUUCUCUCUCUCUCUGGCUCUUCACGGCUGUUUAGCAAAGCUGCUCAGCACUCCUCUGGAGUGCCUUGUGGUUGACUGCCCCCUGGUGGUACCUCCUACAUGGUUUCCUUUAUUGGGGAGUAGAAAGCAGUUGCCAAUGCUACCUGCAUCCAGCAACACCUUAACCAGCUGUAGUGUUCCUUUUCUAAUGACAAGCCUUGUGUCAGUCGAGUCUUCCCAGCGCUACACAUUCAGUGUUCAAUGCACAAAGCUGCAAUAUCACCACGUUGUAAUGGAAAAGGUUUAAAGCCAUUACUAUAACAUAUAGUGAGACCAAACACUGUUUGUGUGAUGCAAGUGUCAGUGCCAAGAUUUUAUGCUAGGCUGUCGUGAAGCCUGGUUGUUUGUAGCUUUGGAAUACUGUGGCCAUGCUACUCCAGUUGUACAAAAAUGCCUACAUGAGACCAACCCUUUUGUAAAAGUCACUUCUUUUUUAUUGUAUUACAGUGUGUGUAUUGCUUUUGGGGAUUUAAAAUAAGAAACUUUGAGCCAGUGUUUUGUAUGAAAACAUUUUUUUAAUUAAAAGUUUUUGUAAAAUAAAAAAAAGAAAGUGAGUUCUUAUUAAAAAAAAACUGAUUAGUUGUAUGGAUAUUUAUGGUUAUUGUGUUUUAAAUUGCCUUCCAACUGUAAAAAAAAAAAAAAAAGUGAAAUAUGACAUAAUAUAUUUUUAUAAUAUGUCUGCUACAGUGACUUAAUGAUGUAAAGAAGAAAAGCCAGACUUUUCCUUGUGUGUUACAGUAUUAGUAUUUCAUAUGUGUUUUAAUAAACAAUGUUACUCCUUUUACAACUUUGCUCUGAUAUCCGCUGAACAGUCGUGUGUGGAAACAAACGGGCUGAUGGAAUCAGUUUGGAAAAGGACAUAAAGUGCCAAAUUAAUCAAAUCAUUCCCAGCUUUGCCCCACAGUGGCUUUCAAAACAAGACAAGAUGCUUUGAUGGCAAAAUGGGUGCGGGGUGCAAACCUGAAGAGAACAUUAUGUAACCUGUGUGAUAUUG